AAUUUUUUUUUAACAAAUUAAAAAGAUUAGUUUCUUAGUGUACACUACCUCGCUCACAAGUCCGACAUACCGUACCCAUCAAAAACAGUUUAGAUAGAGAGAGCGAAUACCCAUCAAAAACAGUUUAGAUAGAGAGGGGCAGCGGAGACUAGGUGGUUACUUUGAAAUGGCCAAAUUUGCCUUGCUCUUGUUGUUUCUGAUAUUAUUUGCAAGGCAAGGAGAAGGCCACGAUGAGUGCAAGGUUUCGAGGUAUAUGGAGAAGGGUCCGCCCAUCCGUUUCCCUUUCUGGCUUAAAAACGGCAGCCAGACGGUGUCCCUGCCCCGCCGCUAUCCCGAGUUUGAGCUAACGUGCGACAAGAGAAAUCAAACCGUGCUGGAGCUCCCAAAUUCAGUACAUCUGCUUGUCAAGGAGAUUAAUUACACAUCUCAAUCCAUUCAGCUGUAUGACGGGGAAGGCUGCCUUCCCAGACAGCUUAUAAACCUCACUUUAUCUGCCUCUUCUUUUAACUUUACUCCAUAUGAUUAUGGUUUUGCCUGUUCUUUUAACUUUACUCAAUAUGAUUAUGGAAACACCAUGGUUGACUAUGCUUUGUACAAUUGUACUUCUGAACCAGAUAGAUUUUUAGAAUACUUCAUCCCUUGCCUUAGUACUGUUCCGGAAUAUCAAAUUUAUGUUGUCCCUUCCGGGCAACUUUAUUCCCUGACUUCCUGCACAAAGAUUCGCAACUUCACUUUAUCACUUCCUUAUCGGAUAAUUUUCUUUAAGGAGUGUAAUGAUCUUGUAUUAUAUUGGCGGGAACCAAAUUCUCGGAUAUGCGAACCACAAAGCAAGAAUCAUUCCGCGGGACAUGAUGAUCACAUGCCUAAAACAACUGAAGGUCCAUCAAGAAAACUAGUUGUGACAGCUACCGUGAUCUCACUUCUCUUAAUUCUUGCUCUAGUACUUCUUGUGCUCUAUCGUGUCUAUAGCUCAAACAAAAUGUUGAAAGAAGAUGAAGUAAAGAUUGAAAAGUUUUUGGAUGACUACAGAGCACUCCAGCCCUCAAGAUACUCUUAUGCCGAUAUCAAAAAGAUCACAAAUCAAUUCAAGGAUAAACUCGGGGAAGGCGGUUAUGGGACAGUUUUCAAAGGAAAACUUUCCAAUGAGAUUUUUGUAGCUGUUAAGGUCCUCAAGGAUUCAAUAGGAAAUGGAGAAGAGUUCAUCAAUGAAGUGGGAACAAUGGGCAGAAUCCACCAUGUGAAUGUGGUUCGCUUGGUCGGAUUCUAUGCUGAUGGAUCUAGACGAGCUCUUGUUUACGAGUUUUGCCCAAAUGAUUCUUUAGAAAAGUUCAUCUUUUCAGAAGAUCACAAGUACCAUUUCCUCGGUUGGGAGAAGCUCCAAGAUAUCGCUUUGGGCAUAGCCAAAGGAAUUGAAUAUCUUCAUCAAGGGUGUGAUCAAAGAAUCCUUCAUUUUGAUAUUAAACCUCAUAAUAUAUUGUUGGACCACAAUUUCAAUCCAAAGGUCUCUGAUUUUGGCCUAGCAAAGUUGUGUUCCAAGGAACAAAGUGUUGUCUCUAUGACUGCUGCAAGAGGUACCAUGGGGUACAUUGCCCCAGAAGUCUUUUCUAGGAAUUUCGGGAAUGUGUCGUAUAAAUCAGAUGUAUAUAGCUUUGGAAUGUUGUUGCUUGAAAUGGUUGGUGGGAGGAAAAAUAUCGAUGUUAUAGUAGAGAACACUAGCCAAACAUACUUCCCAGAAUGGAUUUAUAACCAUUUACAUCAAGGAGAAGAGUUAGGUAUGAUCAGCAUUGAGAAAGAGGAACACACUAAGGUAGCAGAGAAACUAGCUAUUGUUGGGCUUCGGUGCAUUCAGUGGUACCCUGUUGAUCGGCCUUCCAUGAAAGUUGUGGUUCAAAUGCUGGAAAAAGAAGGAAACAACCUUACCAUGCCACCAAAUCCUUUUGCUUCAACAACAGAAACGAACACAAGUUCAAUCAGGCCUGCAAGAGCUUUCAAUAGAGAGUUGGCAGUUAUUUCAGAAUGAAAUUAAGAGCACAUUUUUUUUUUCUUUCUUUCUUGCUGGUUAAUGUUAGGUGCACAAUAUAUUUUACUCAUCAAUAAGUACGGUAUUUUUGUAAUUAACAAUCCAGGGGAUCUUUAAUAAUUCUUCUUUUUCUUUUUC